AGGGAAGAUUUGUUCACAAGUAUUCAUUGGCAUGUUACAAGGUGGUGCUUUUAGCAGGAUGCUAUAUCAAGUUGAUAAGAAAGAUACUAAUGAAGAAUGGUUAUGCAAAAGUUCCAAUUCCAAAUGUAAGAUGUUUGACACUACAAUUGGUCACAUAGAAGAAAUUAUUAUGGAACCAGAUUUUCAGAAAUUACAAAAUGACUUUCUGGAAAAAUACUACGUGUGUUUUGAAGAUAAAGAAGAAAAUAAACUCGAAUAUAUGGAUAUAUUUCGAGAAUACACAGAUUUAAUAGAAUCGUACAUCGAAACAGAAUUAAAUAAAAGAAUUCCAGAUUUCAAUAUGGCACAAUUUUUAAAACAAAUGCAGGCUUCCAAGAAUGAUUUAGACGGUGAAGUUUUUGAUAUACUGUUCAGUUUUACAGAUUUUCUUGUCUUUAAGGAAAUGGUCUUAGAUUAUAAAGCAGCUAAACAAAGAUCGAUGACUGAUUUCAGCAUGAGUUUGUUAAUUACUUCUUUGACAGAGAAUUUGAAAACAAAAGACAAUAAUAGUUAAUGUGUGUUGUAAUUUAGAAUUUUUAUUUUUCCAAGUUUUCUUGUUACAACAAAACGGUUUUGGUACAAUCAUAUGAAUAAAUGUUUGUUUGAUAUUUUGCUGCCUUUUGAAAUGUUUGUACAGUUUUAAAACAGUUUAAUAAAUUUGAAUUUUUCAUUUACAAUUUAGCACUUAAUCAUAAUAAAAUGCUUUCAUGUCGGGUUUCAGUACCAACAUAAAGCUAUUAUAAGUAAAAACUCAUUAAGAUUAUUCAAGUUAAAAAAAUACUUGUUGUUUCUGGCCACAGUGGACCAAGAUAUUAAUCUUUUUUUUUCUUUUUUAACUUGUAAAAAUGAAAACAAAGUGACUUUCAGACAA